AUGACGCAAUCUUUGAAAACGGAAUUACGUAUUAGAACUGCCAUAUCCCUCGAAAUAUGUCCCAUUAAGAUGAGCAGUGCAACGGGAAAAAGCUACAAAGAACGUAUUACGAAGGAAAUUAAUAAAACAAUUAACGCACUGUUAAACAGUGGCGGAGGAACGCUUGAAAUGAUCUACAAAAGCAUUCCUGUGAGGAAGCAAAUUGAUGCGUGUGUAAGAAUCAUUGAGCAAAAGAUUGGAGACUUGAUAGGAACUGUAGGUUUGGUUUCUAACAUAGAAUUUGAAGUACUUCCCCAGAAAAUUUUCAUUCAUGUGAAGGAAGUGGAGGGACUAUUCGUAGUUAAUUAUAAUCUAUACUUGCCAACUAAAUCUCAGGUGAAAGUGAUUCAACCAUCAGAGUCUGUAGCGAAAGUCAAAGCAGUAAUAAACAGGGUUG